AAGUCAAUCUACCACUGCCAAACACCCACACAACCCCACCCCACCUGCAAAAGUCCAAAGAAAAGGGCCUUUUUCGGCGCUAUCGAGUUGGUAGUAGUAGCAAUUUCCCCAUAAAACCAAGCCCAUAUGUGUAGCCGCAUAUGGCCUCCCACCCUCACCCCUAACCCCCCACCCCACCCCUGAGAGUGCCUCGUUCAUAUCGACGCACACUACAAAAGAACCCACACGGACAACACACGCUCACUGUAUUUUUAUUCUUUUUUCCUUUUGUGGCAUGCAAUUCUUUGUAAAUUGCUUUGAGCCCAGAUAAAAAUUUGAAUCAAUGUUGCUGAGAGGAGGGGCAUUUUCGGCAUGCAACGCCGCCGCGGGCGAGCACCAAGGGCAAGGGAAUUGCCGGUUUUCCGGCUUGAUUCGCCGGCCGACGGGGAGGGUCGCCACCGUUUGGUGCAGCCGGACUCGGAGGGGCAACUUGCUGCGGGUGGCAUCGGUGGCCACGGGCGAGCCGAAAAGCAAGCCGCAGGAGUCGAGCUACCAGCCGAGCGUGGCUGACCGGCUUCGGCUUGGCAGCUUGACUGAGGACGGCUUGUCUUAUAAGGAGAAGUUUAUAGUGAGGUGUUAUGAGGUUGGAAUUAACAAAACUGCAACUGUUGAAACCAUAGCCAAUCUAUUGCAGGAGGUUGGUUGCAACCAUGCUCAAAGUGUUGGGUUCUCGACCGAUGGUUUUGCUACUACGCUUACCAUGAGAAAAAUGCAUCUUAUUUGGGUGACUGCUCGUAUGCACAUCGAGAUCUAUAAAUACCCUGCCUGGAGUGAUGUGGUUGAGAUCGAGACUUGGUGCCAAAGUGAAGGAAGGAUCGGCACCAGACGUGAUUGGAUUCUCAAAGACUAUGCAACUGGUGAAGUCAUUGGAAGGGCUACCAGUAAGUGGGUGAUGAUGAACCAAGACACCAGGCGGCUUCAGAAAGUCACGGAUGAAGUUCGUGAUGAAUAUCUAGUUUUUUGCCCAAAAAAACUUAGAUUAGCAUUUCCUGAAGAGAAUAAUGCUAGCCUGAAGAAAAUAUCUAAACUAGAUGACCCAGCUGAAUACUACAAAGUUGGGCUAGUGCCAAGACGAGCUGAUCUUGACAUGAACCAGCAUGUUAACAACGUCACCUACAUUGGAUGGGUUCUGGAGAGCAUGCCCCAAGAAAUCAUCGACAGCUAUGAGCUGCAGACCAUAACAUUAGAUUACAGGCGUGAAUGCCAGCAUGACGAUGUAGUCGAUUCCCUCACCACUCCUGAACCGAUCCUCAAUGACUCAGUUUCACAGCUUCAUGGAACUAAUGGAUCUCCAACUGCUGCAAAAGAUGAAAGUGACUACCUUCAGUUCCUGCACUUAUUGAGAAUAUCAAACGAUGGUUCUGAAAUUAACAGGGGACGCACAGAGUGGAGAAAGAAACCUGCAAAAAGAUGAGCUUCUCGUCUAUAGUUUACCUUCUAUAUACAUGCUAUAAGCAGUGAUAAAUUGAUAAUCAUGCGAGCUUCCCGACCAACAUCUUUGCUCUUCUGCUGCCUUAUCUUUCUCUUUUCGCUGUUUAAAUGGUAUUCCUGCCUUUGUUUGCAUUCUUGUAACUUUAAGCCUUUCCUUUCCGGUAUAUCUGAGGACUUUGCUUGUAUUUUCAGUCUCAUUUCAAACAAGAGAUCAACUUCAUGUU